GAUAAAAUUUCCGAUGAGUUGGCAUUGUGCAAGGGGCUUAAAAGUUCUAACAAGUUGGAAUUUUGUGUCUAUUGCCUGUUGCUGUCGCUAUUUCCUCGCAUUGUGCGCAAGGCUUAAUGAGCUCUCCGUUUGCGCCAAGUUUUGUACAUUCUAGUUUGUGGUUGGAGGUUAUGUCGCUCGUGUGACGGUAAGUAAUGGCUCUCGCCAUUACUCGAAAUCUGAUACGCGAUGCGUGCGAGAAUGCGUGAUUCUCCGUUUGCGGAACGUUGAAGAUUGUCAUCGGAUCGUCCAAAAUGUUGACGUCGCAGUUCGGCGAACCUAACGCGGUUUAGUCUGAACGAAAAAAAAAAAAACCGCGCGACAUGAGAUCUGUUUAUAAAUUGUUUUUGGUGUGUCUUCUUCUCGCUGUGCUUAUAAUACUGCUCAACGUUACGACCAAGUCGUUGUACGAUGUAGUGUCUAGGGAACACCGGGAACGUGUAAACAUGGGAACGUUGACAACGGGCGAAGUGACGAUAUGCGUGGUGGUAUGCGGAGACAGGCUGCACGAGGCUCUGACUAUGCUGAAAUCAGCGUUAGUCUUUGCUAACAGACCGCUGCAGUUUAUUGUACUCGCGGAGAACGACUUGAUACCAGCUUUUAGUGAGAAAUUAUCCGAAUGGAAACUUAUAUCGAACAAGAGCUUUGACUUUUUUGUGCGUCCCAUAACCUUUCCCGGUGGCAGCAAUGUGGCGAUGUGGAAGAAGCUGUUUAAACCGUGCGCAGCUCAGCGAUUGUUUCUCCCGACUGUGUUGAACGCUACGGAUGCUGUACUCUAUGUGGAUACGGACACUCUGUUCCUAGCGCCACCGGAGAAGAUCUGGGAUGAGUUUAAGAAGAUGAACUCUAGUCAGCUGGCUGCGCUUAGUCCUGAGCACGAAGACCCCAACACUGGCUGGUACAACAGAUUCGCCAAACAUCCGUAUUACGGCAAGCUAGGUGUCAAUUCGGGUGUAAUGUUGAUGAAUCUCACGAGAAUGAGGGAAUUUAGAUGGACGGAAUAUGUCAUUCCUAUUCACAAGGAGUAUAGGCUCAAAAUUACUUGGGGUGAUCAGGACAUCAUCAAUAUAAUAUUUCAUUAUCACCCGGAGAAGCUGUAUGUGUAUUCGUGUAGAUACAAUUACAGACCGGAUCAUUGUAUGUACAUGUCGGUGUGCUCGGAAGCGGAAAAGGAUGGCGCUCUGGUGCUGCACGGUUCCCGUGGUACGUUUCACUCGCAAAAACAGCCACCUUUCAAGGCUAUGUACAAAGCUAUGCAGGAGUAUCGACUAAACGCAGAUCCGUACGACGAUCUGCUUGUGCCGAUGAGGAAUUACCUGGCGAUGGAAGAUAAGUCCAACUGCGGUCGUGUGUCAAAGGUGUUUAUCAUCCAACCGGAACUCCACUUGAAUCCAAGUCCGUAACUUCUGAAUAUUUCAUCGUAUUCGUGAGAGUUUCUUCGUUUUGUAUUCGGAAUCCACCAACCCCAACGAUAUCGUCGUAUCGUUAACUGCGACAAAUUACUUGGAGCAAUGUCUGAUGCAAGUGUUUGUGUAUUUGUGCACUUGAGAAGCCACUUUUAUUUGAAAUAUAGUAACAUUAUCUAUAGUGUCUUUUCUAGGAACUUGCGUCGAAAUUUCGGCUUUAAAAAAAAUUGCGUAAUUAUAAGAAUACACACACACAUAUACAUUGUGAAUAUGUACAUCACAUCUUAAAUUGUAAAUCUCGUAUAUCGUUGUUUAUCAGUGUGUUUAAGAAAUUACGUUGUUGCCUAAUAUACAAAAAAAAAAAAGGGUGUAUAAAUUGUCAAUUGAUGUAACCGGUCCUUUACACAUUUCACACGUGUUAGUUUAUGAGUGUUUUGCGCGUAAUGUUAUAAGCCGAGUGGUUAGAAUUACAAUUUUUGCAGGCGUAGUUGCUUGCAAAUUGAAGGACGUAUAAUUUUAUUUGAUUCCAAAACGAUUUUCCAUGUAUUGUAGACUGAACUUUUUCUAUGGUGCAUUUGAGUUUUUUUGUUAACAAGUGCGCUAUGUUGUUACUGUUGUAUGACGUGCGAGAUACGUGUGCGGCGAAUAUGUUAUUUUAUAUAUAUUCGUACUUGUUACUUUUUGACAAUACUCGAGUGAUAUUAGCUCAGCGAGAAAAAGAAAUGAUAACUUUUAAAACUACGAAGUAUUCGUACGCGCAUGUGAGUAUAUAUAAAUCGUAUAUAAGCGAAUUUAAUUUUAGCGAGAAUAUUUUACAUUUUACAUACAAUUUCUUACAAUUUUAUACGGUUUUUGCGACAUGUAUUUUGUAUCGUUUAUUUAAUUGUCCAACAACUUCGAUACCUUUUGUGAUACUUUUCUUAUAAAUGACUAUUGUAUAACAAAGAGCCAAAAUAAAGAUCUGAAAAAGCAUGCGCACAUU